AUGCCGAAGAAAGAAGCCUCUUCAAGCAAAUUUAGAUUUUUCUCGGCAGUCUUUGAUAGAUCCCGCAGCACAAUUCGCUCUGAUGGUGAAAAUGGCGAAUCUGAAGGGACUGAGAAAAAUGCUUAUACCCGUCGGCGCGAACAAAUCCGGCGCGCACAGAGGAAACACCGUGAAAGGAAAGAGGACUAUAUCCGGCAUCUAGAGAACCGGAUCCUUGAACUUCGCGAAGACGUUGCACUCAGACAGGACUACCAAGAGGCCAAUAUUGAGAACUCGGUCUUGAAGGACAUUUUGCUUGCUCACAAAAUCAACAUUCCUUCUCAUCAGCAGCACCAAAAUAAUCCUGCGGGCUUGAUGCAGGUGUCUGUCAUCGGGACCCAAGCACAACCGCAGAUGCUGCAUGCGCGAUUAUCUCCCAGCUCUUUUGAUUCUUCCAACCAGGAAUCUAGUUUGGGUUUUUCUGGAGAUUCUCUAGCAGCACAGAUGCAACAAGCAUCAGUAUCGCCCAAUGCUAUUAUUCCUCAGGUGGAUCUUGGACAACCACUACCAGAUGCUACGAUGAUCCCGCCACCGGAGAAUGUGUCGACAAAAUCGCAUCCUCACGGCCUAGACAGUACUCAGACAGGUGUUGAUUUCGUUUUGCUGCUCGAAAAACCAUGUUUACAACACACAAUGCAUCCUCUCCAAGCAGGUGAAUCCCACGGCCACGCCCUUACUCUCCAAGCGUCACUUCUGAGUCACGCACCCCAUCUCGGUGCAGAUGAAGGACCGUGGGCAGUCCCAACCGUCGAGUUUGACCGAUUAUAUGAACUCUCGCGCAAACUGGAUCUGGAUGGUGAAAUCACUCCGGUACAGGCAUGGAAUCAGAUCAAGUCGCACCGCCGCUUUCGGAAUCUGACGCCAACUGGGUUGGAGGCAUUGAAAAACGCUAUUUCUUCGAAAAUUAGCUGUUUUGGUUUUGGGGCUGUUAUCGAGGAGGUUGAAUUAUCUGACAUAAUGGAUGCACAUUUGGGGAAAUGA